UUGGCUGCGCUCGCCAAGCGUGGCCCGAGUGACGUCGCGAGAGCCCGGAGGGCAGAGAGAAUUGAAGCUGCUUUCGCACCUCAGAGCAGCCUCAGCCAAGGCUCCUGGCCUGAUGUAAUGAAAAUUCAUGUCUGAUUUUGAGCAAUGCUGAAUCCUACAGCCACUGUCUUCUCAUUGGAUAAUUUAUUUUUUGAAAGACCAGAUGAAAAUCAAAAAUAUUUAGAACAUGAAGAGCCAAAAAAUUGGUAUCUUGCACCUGCUCCAUCUGUUACUGAAAUUGCAGCCACUCAGGAGUUACAGAAGGAAUUGGAAAAAAAUAACUAUCUAGAUGGAAAAGAAGUUAAAGUACAGUCAUUUCCUGAUGCUUCAAAGACUUUUGGUAUGGAAGGAACUAUAGAAACAAAUGUUGAGGUUUUGAGAGCUGUUACAGAAAUCCCUGCUCAGUUUAGAAGUAUUUUCAAGGAAUUCCCAUAUUUUAACUACAUACAGUCCAAGGUUUUGGAUGAUAUUCUUUACACUGAUAGGAAUUUUGUGAUUUGUGCUCCGACUGGUUCUGGAAAAACUGUAAUGUUCGAACUAGCUAUUACUAGGUUACUAAUGGAAGUGCCGAUGCCUUGGCUAAAUAUUAAAACUGUCUAUAUGGCUCCAAUAAAAGCUCUGUGCAGUCAGCGUUUUGAUGAUUGGAAAGAUAAAUUUGGACGUAUAGGGCUCAGCUGUAAAGAGCUGACAGGAGAUACAGUGAUGGAUGAUUUAUUUGAAAUACAACAUGCACAUAUUAUUUUGACCACGCCAGAAAAAUGGGAUAGCAUGACUAGAAAAUGGAGAGAUAACUCUUUAGUCCAACUGGUACGACUGUUCCUCAUUGAUGAGGUGCAUGCUGUGAAAGAUGAAAGCCGUGGUGCAACACUUGAGGUUGUAGUCAGUCGGAUGAAGACUGUAAAGUCGUCCCUUUCACGUAUCUCAGAAAAUCCUGACCCACUUCCUCCCAUGAGAUUUGGAGCUGUUUCUGCAACAAUCCCAAAUGCUGAGGAUAUUGCAGAAUGGCUUUCAGAUGGUAAGAGGCCUGCUGUAUGUCUGAAAAUAGAUGAAAGUCAUCGACCUGUGAAGCUUCGCAAAAUAGUUCUUGGAUUUCACCAAACUGAUUUCAAAUUUGACUUAACUCUUAACUAUAAAAUAGCUAGUGUUAUACAAACAUACUCUGAACAAAAACCAACACUUGUGUUUUGUGCCACAAGGAAAGGAGUACAGCAGGCUGCUUCAGUUAUUGCAAAAGAUGCUAAAUUUGUUAUGACUAUUGAACAGAAACAAAGAUUACAAAAGUGUGCAAAUUCAACUAAAGAUACCAAAUUGAGAGAUCUUCUAAUGUAUGGUGUGGCUUAUCAUCAUGCUGGCAUGGAGAUAUCUGAUAGAAAAAUAAUUGAAGGAGCUUUUACCAUGGGAAUCUUACCAGUACUUUUUACUACGAGUACCUUAGCUAUGGGAGUAAAUUUACCUGCACACCUGGUAGUUAUAAAAUCUACAAUGCACUAUGUUGGAGGAAUGUUUCAAGAGUACAGUGAAACAGAUAUUCUGCAAAUGAUUGGGAGAGCAGGAAGGCCUCAAUUUGACACUACAGCUACAGCAGUUAUCAUGACUAGGUUAAGUAUGAGACAGAAAUAUGUGCAGAUGUUAAAUGGUGCAGAUACAAUAGAAAGCAGUUUGCACAAACAUCUUGUUGAGCAUUUAAAUGCAGAAAUAGUGUUGCACACCAUCACGGAUGUGACAAUAGCUUUGGAAUGGAUACGAUCAACUUUCCUGUACAUCAGAGUUUUGAAAAAUCCAGUUCAUUAUGGUUUUUCACCUGGAUUAGACAGAGUUGGAAUUGAAGCAAAAUUACAAGAAUUGUGUUUGAAGAAUUUGAACAGUUUAUCAUCUCUUGAUUUAAUCAAGAUGGAUGAAGAAUUUAAUUUCAAACCAACAGAGACUGGAAAACUAAUGGCUUGGUAUUAUAUUGCAUUUGAUACAGUGAAACAGUUUUCCACAAUUAAUGGAACAGAAUCUUUAUCUGAACUGAUCACAAUGAUAUCCAGCUGCGUUGAAUUUUCAGAUGUCAAGUUAAGAACGAGUGAGAAGAAAAUAUUAAACACUUUGAAUAAAGACAAGAACAGGAUAACUAUUAGGUUUCCAAUGGAAGGGAAGAUAAAAACAAGAGACAUGAAAGUAAACUGUCUUAUUCAGGCUCAAUUAGGAUGCAUUCCUAUUCAGGACUUCACUUUGACACAAGAUAUAGGCAAAAUUUUCAGAAAUGGCUUAAGAGUUACUAAAUGGUUGUCUGAGUUUCUGACAUCAUGUAAAAACAAUUUUUCUGCAUUAUUAAACUCUUUGAUUUUAGCUAAGUGUUUUAGGUGCAAACUGUGGGAAAAUUCUCUGCAUGUAUCCAAACAGCUAGAAAAAAUUGGAGUAACAUUAUCAAAUGCAAUGGUAAAUGCAGGUCUGACAUCAUUUAAAAAAAUUGAAGAUGCAAAUGCAAGGGAACUUGAAUUGAUUGUAAAUAGACAUCCGCCUUUUGGAAACCAAAUAAAAGAAUCUGUGCUACACCUGCCAAAAUAUGCACUUGCUAUUGAACAGCUUGCAAAAUACUGUGAUACAGUGGCCGAAAUCUUAGUGACCAUUACAUUAACAAACUUUAAACAGCUUCAGAUUAAGAGAACUGCACCAGACUGUCACUAUGUAACCUUAAUUAUAGGAGAUGCUGAUAAUCAAGUGGCUUUUAAACAGAAAAUUAUGGAUUCUGUCUUACUGAAGAAUGGAAAUUGGACUAAAAAAAUUGAAGUGAAAAGAGCUCUUAAAUCUGAGGAACUUAGUAUACAUUUAAUUAGCUCUGAAUAUGUUGGUGUGGAUAUUCAGCAAAACUAUACAGCCUUUUACAUAGGACCAAAAAAGUUUGGAAAUGAAGUGGUUUUACAAAGAAAAUUAGAAGCUGAGUCUUCACCUGACAUUUAUCAUGCCUUUUCAAAAGCAGCAGCAGCAGCAAGAAAGGCUCCAGGAGGUACCUGUAAUCGAGGGAUCACUUACAUGAAACUUGGGAACAGAGAAUGCAGCCAUCACUGUAAAAAUAAAGAUGUAUGUGGACAUGACUGCUGCAAAAUUGGAGUUUCACAGAAAUCUGAGUUGAAGAGAGAUUCAAAGUUUUCUUCAUACCUAACUGAUUUAAGGAACAGAAACUCAACUUCAUCAGUUCCCCCAGUAAAAAGAUUAAAGAUGCAGAUGCAGUUAAAUAAAAGUCAAAAUGUGGAUCUGAAACAAUUUGUUUUUACACCCAAAUCUUUGCUGCCAACAUUGCCGAGGUCUAACUAUGCGCAGUCCUCUGACUCAAAUUCAUUGGAACAUUGGAAUAAUGUUAAUAUCCUUGGUAGACCUCCAAGCCAACUGCAAUCAGAGAGUUAUGAAAAGAAUAAUUUCACUUGGAAACAGUCUGUGACUGUAAGCAAGGAGAGCUAUCAGAUGAUGACGUCAAAGAAAAAUCUUAAAGAAUCUUUAAUGAAUAAUUUGACUGAUGCAGAUAAAAGCAGCUCUUGGUUUUCAGAGUCUUUGAAUGUGAACUUUGAAUUGGGAGAUGAAGUUUGGAAUGAUUUUGAUGAUGACAGAUUAAUACAUGCCAGCAGCUUUUUCACUGGUAUGGAGAGUAGAGAAGAUUUAGGAUCUGGAAACACCAGCCUUGAAAAUAUAAUAGAACGUAAACCACUGUUUCAGAAUUCAGAGAGCAAAGUCACAAGUGACAUUUCAAAAACUUUUUGCAUGUUACAAGAUAAACCUGAUGUUCAUCUACAAAAUUCCACUUUUUCUACAUUAAAUGCACCAUCAGAAAUGCAGUUAUUUACACAAUAUGGAAAUAUAAAAACUUUUAGCUUUCAAGAAAGAACACAUAGAAAUCUUCCACAAGAGUUGAAAAACAUUGAGGUACCUCCAAGUUCAGAAAUAAUCUCAGGUUCCUCUCAAUUUAUUGGAAAGGGGAAUUUUUUUAUUUGCAACAAAGAAAGGAAAAAAGAAAUUGAUGUCAGAUAUCUUUCAGAUGAUGAAACUAAUGAUGUUAAGCCUUUCCUUGGAAUAUUUGAUGGCAUUUUCUAAGACAUAAACAAGAUAUGCUGUAAGUGCUGAAACAUAUUACAUGCUCCUUACCAGAAUGAAAACUUUAAAUAUAGUUAGAGGAUUUUUUUAAAUAGCCAUCUUUGCUACACAGACUAGAUAGUAACAAGUCGCUAGCUAAUUUAUUUACAGUAUCUCAAGUCUGUUUUAUCUUUUUAAAAGUUAUACAAAUCUUUGUUUAUCUAUCUUGCUGUUCUUAAGACUUGAGUGAUAAAAUAUCUGACAGUUUCUCGUUAAAAGAGUUUUUGUGUUACGCAUUUUUUUAAUAAAUUAUAUGUAAUUUUACUGUAAGAACAAAGAUACUGUUUGUAACAUGCAUCUGCUCACAAAACACAUUUACAAGUAACUGAAAUAUUGUUCAUUAACACAUUUCUUAUUGUUUAUUUUUAUGAUGUCUGUUAGGUAUCCCAUUUAGACUGAAUUUUUCAUAAUACUAAUAUUUUGUGAAACAAUUUUAGCUUUACAAAUAAAACUAAAUAGACUAAGUUAUUUAAUUUAUUGUAUAUUCUGUAUUUCUUUAUAAUGUGCUAUAAACCUGUACAGUAUUUGUCAAAAUUAAAAUGUUGUAUAGCAUUUUCCAUGCUAAAUGUAUCUUAGAAUGCACCACAUGACACUUUUAAAAUAUGUCCACAAAGGAUAUACAAAAUUGGAAUUAGGUGUUGACAUUGCUACUUAAACUUAUAAAAUGUGCAUUUCUGCUUUUACAUCUAAUUUGUACACAUUUAUCUUGGAUGUAAGCAUCCUGUUAAAACACUAGUGUUUGAACAUUAGUCUUCCAAAAUAAAUAGUUAUGUAAAUAAAUAAUAUUACAUAAAAGCCUAUAUUAAGAAAAUGUCAACAUUGCACUGUUAAAAGACUCAAAAGGAAGAAAUACCAUUGUUUUGAUUUUGUAUUUUUGAUUUUCUUAUCCUUCAUAAUAUUUAGUAUAGAAAGUAUUAGGAAGGAUAAGUCAAAACAGACCAUGAAUUGGAAAACACAAUCAAGGCAAGCGAACAGAAGGUACACAAUUGAAAAUCAGAAUGCAAAAACACAUUUUGACAGGCUAAAGAUUUGAUCCUGUAUUAUGUUGAGAAUUCUGAAUUGACAAUUUCAUUGAGAGCUGAUGGUGCGUAGUACCUGACCAAGCUAACAGUAUAUUUUCUAAUUUUUCUCCUCCAGUAAUUUAUCUUUCCCUUGCUGUUGGCUAUUUGGGCCAAAUUUGCACUUUGAAUGUGCUAUUUCCAUUCAUUUGUCUUCAAUGGAGCCUACAUUUUAGUUUUUUUUAUGGGUUUGAAAGUACUCUAAAUUAGUAUUGUCAAUUUAGAUUUAUUGAGUAAUGCAUGUUCUUAGUUUUGAUUAUAUGUGCAACUAUACAUUCUGAUAGUGUACUUUUAAAAAUCAACAUUUUAUGAAAUUAUGAUAACUUUCCUUAUUAGGAGACAAUCAGCAAGCAGUAAGGGAAGACAAAAGAGCUAAAAACAUCUUUACAUGAUAAAUCUACACUGACCGUGCCAAUUCAAGGUACUUUCCAACCUACCAAAUAUGAGAAAAAGAUCUUAGACCAUACAGGAAACAUAGUAGUCCUGUCCUACAGAAGGAGAUGAUAUAGGCUAAUAUGAAGAGCUCUUUGUGAGCUCUGGGUGAUGCAUGACAAGGGCUAGACUAUUUUUCCUUUGCAAAAUUAGGUAAGGCUUUCUAUGCCCCAAAAUUGAAUACAGCCUGAACCCUUUAACCUCACCUACAUUUCCUAGUUAUAUAUUCUGAAUAUUAUCUUGUAGAUACUGUCUUUAACGUUAUUCUAUUUUCCCCUUUAAUUCAAGCUUACCGAAAGGUAGGAAGUUAGUAAUUGUUACUGGAGCUUUUACAACUUCAAACUUGUUAAUUUUCUAUAACCAAAUUUCAUAUUUCUCCUGCUAGGUUUUCCUCAAGUAUGAAUUUUUCAUUUAUCAUACGCUAUUUAUUAAUACUCUAUCCUCUAUGCUUUAGGGGAUAUCAUCAGUUUGUAAUUCAUGGUCAUAUUUUUUAUAUAAAAGGCUUUAAUUUCCAUUUUAGACUAUUGUCAGAACAAAUGGUAAUAAAC